GCAACCUCCACCCUGGUUUCUUUCUUGUAUAUGAACGAUCCCUCCUGUCUGAUAGCUUUGAGAAGUCAGUUUGAGUCAACUGUAGGCAUCAAAGCAGGCAGACAUAAUAAGACACGCUAGAGAGUUAAGGCCACGUUCGGGAAAAGAGUCCCCGGCCAAGAGCAGCUGCCCUCUCCAGAAUUUAGGACCCGCGCAGAGCACAACCAGUCUCUCUUACCAACGGUCAAGACUGCUCUUGUUGAAACACACACACACGGGAUACCCAAGAUGAUCCGGUCAACACAAAUAGCACGGCUUGAUGGCCUCUACCUCUGCGCAUCUGUCGAUGAUGAAGCAACCGAGUCCUCCCUCUCCGAGAUCAAAUCCCAGAUCAAACUCAUCCUCCGCCGGCUCAACCGCAACGCCGAGCCCCAGGCCUCGAUCGAGUCGGGCAGCUUCACGAUCCACUACCUCAUCACCUCGGACAUUGUCUACUUCUGCAUAACCGAGCGCUCCUACCCGCGCAAGCUGGCCUUCACCUACCUCUCGGACCUCGCGACCGAGUUCACCACCAUGUACCCCAUGGCCCAGCUCCUCAGCCCGACCCUGCGGCCCUACGCCUUUAUGGAGUUUGACAACUUCAUCUCCAAGACAAAGGCCACCUACAGCGACGCCCGCGCCACCCAGAACCUCGACAAGCUCAACGACGAGCUGCGCGACGUCACAAAGGUCAUGACCAAGAACAUCGAGGACCUGCUGUACCGCGGCGACAGCCUCGAGCGCAUGGGCGAGAUCAGCUCCCGCCUGCGCGACGACAGCAAAAAGUACAGGCGCGCCGCCGAGCGCAUCAACUGGGAGCUGCUGCUCAAGCAGUAUGGGCCCUUUGGCGCUCUGGGCUUCAUCAUAUUGGUGUUCUUGUGGUGGCGCUUCUUUUGAUUUGAGGACACAAAAACAAAAGAGGGACGAAACGGGCGAUCGUGGAGUUGGAGGCGUUUAUUAUCAAUAUUUAUUUGUUUAUUUUCACGGCAUAGCGAUGUGCUUGAAGAUCCUGGCAUGAGGAGAUGGUAAUGAUAUCUGGGAGAAGAAUCGCAGAACAGUUUUCUCGUCAAUAUACAACUGCUGUAUUGCAGCGAGACUGAGUAAUGUGUCUCAGGGAACAUUGAUGAAUGGGUU